AUGUCACGCAUCGAGGGAAUGACGAUCCAGGGAGUCCGCUCCUUUCAUCCCCAGGUCCGUGAGCAGAUCACAUUCAGCACCCCACUCAAUUUGAUCGUUGGGUACAACGGCUCUGGCAAGACAACAAUCAUUGAGUGUCUCAAAUAUGCCACGACGGGCGAACUGCCACCCAACACCAAGACCAAUGGCGCAUUCGUCCACGAUCCCAAGCUCGUCUCGGAGGGCGAAGUCCCAGCCGCCGUAAUGCUCAAGCUCAGGGCGACAGAUGGCGCGAGAUACGUCAUCACCCGCCGCUUCAAAGGCGCCGUGACCAAAGCUGGAGCCCGCAAAAUGACAACUCUCACGACUUCGGUCAAGAUCGAACACCCCAACGGAGAGAUCCACACAGGCUCGGUUAAGCAGGGUGAAGUCGAUGCAUUGGUUCCCAGACACCUGGGUGUGUCACCUGCCAUCCUGGAGUUUGUCAUCUUCUGUCACCAGGACGAGGCGCUCUGGCCCAUGAGCGAGCCUUCCGCCCUGAAGAAGAAAUUCGACGAGAUAUUUGACGCCCAGAAGUACACCAAGGCUAUCGACGAACUCAAGAUGGUUCGGAAGAAGAGGGCCGAGCAACUUCGUAACCUCCAGGUUGAACACAAGCACAACGAGGAGAACAAGGACAGAGGUCUGAAGAACGAGAAGCUCUGCCAGAAGCUGCAGCAGGAGAUCUCGGAGUUUCGCGAACAGGUCGAUAAAAUCGAAACUGAAGUGGCCGAGCUUCGCAAGAAAGAGAGGGAUUGUCGUGAAGAUGCCAACAAUUUCUUGAGCAUUGUGAAUGACCUCAAAUACAACCAGGACCAGUUGGACUUCAGGCGCAGUAAUGUCGAGGAGCUUCGAGAGUCUAUCGACAUGAUGACCGAGGAUGACGAUGAGCUUAGGAGAGCGCUCGAACAAUACGAGAGCCGUCUCGGCCGACUGCAGGCUGAUAUUGACCAGAAGUCCCUGGAUUACCGAAGCUUACAAGGUGAGGUCAGUCGGGCCGAGAGUGACUUGAACAUCAAGCUCGGGGAAAAGGGCAGGCUCCAGUCAGACAAGGACAAGUAUGAACGCCAGCUGCGUACCCGCGUCGACAUGAUCCAGGCUGCAGCGCGAUCUCAUGAGAUCCGAGGGUUCGAUGGUGACUUGGACGAUGAACAGGUUCGACUCUUCAACGGGAAGAUUCAGGGCAUCUUCAACAGCAAGAAGAAGGAACACGAGCAGCUGCAAGGUCGAGUGUCACAAGAGGCGGACGCGGCGAACAAGGGCAUCUCGGAGCUGGAGAAUGCCAAGAAUGCCAAAGCCUCCGAGAGGACAUUUGCGAAACAGAAGAAGGCCGAGAACGACCGAAAGGUCAAGCGUCUACAAACGGAGAUGGACUUGGUCAAAUGCGAUGAUGUUCUCGUCGACCGUCUUGAAAGCGACAAGGUUUCGCUCAACGAUCGCUAUCAGCAAGCUCAGGCCGGACUGGCCAGCAACGACUGGGACGAGAAGAUACGAGAGACUCAAAAGGAAUUGCGCGAGUUGGAGCAGCAGGGCGACGACCUAAACAGCGAGCUCGUCAAUUGUACUCGGCUCGCUUCCGAGCUCGCACAGUUGGAUCUGCGAAAGACGGAAGCCCGAGACCGCGAGGCUAGCCUGAACAAUCUCACCGCGCGCUGGAGCAAGAUGCUCGAUGAGCAAGUGCGACCUGGCUGGGAGCAUGGGUCGCUCGAGGCGGAUUUCAAAAACGAAUCGACCGCCAGGACUGCCGCUCUGAACGAGAAGAAGGAAGCAUGUGACCAGCUGCAGCAGAAACUCAAGCAAGUCGACUACAAGCUCUCCGAGGCUAGUAAGCAACAUCAGAGAUUGGCGGACAACAAGAAGAGCAGCGAGAAAGCUGUCCUGGACGUCCUCCGGGAAACGGUCGAAGAUGCAUCAGCUGUCUCCAUUGACGCAUACGAGGAAGAACUUGAGGACCUGGAGGCGCAUAAGAUGGAAUUGGAGAAGGAUAUCAGUUUGUUCGAUCAUAUGAAGUCGUACUGGACUCAAGCGCAGACUUGUUUGCAAACAAAGAACAAGUGCCACAUGUGUGAUCGAGGCUUCGACGAGGACCGCGCCAAAUCGAAACUCGUGGCCAAAAUCACCAAACAUCUCAACGAUGAAUCGAAGGCCGAGUUGGAGCAAGAGUUUCGCGAUGUCGACAAGAAGCUGGAGCGCUUGCGGGCAGUCCGUCCAAAACACGAUGCCGCUCUGCGGCUUGGAAAAGAGCUGCCAGCAAGUGAGAAAGUUAUUGACGAGGCCAAGAGGGAGAGGGAAGACAUCUUGGGGAAACUAGAGGUUGCGGAUAAGCAUCGGAGGGAAACGAGCGAGAAGUUGGAGGCGCUGCAGUCUGUCUCAAGCGCCGUGUCCGAAAUCACCCAACUCUUCAAUGCGACCAGGGAUGCGAAAGAGCAGAUUGAGCAACUGGAAAGGUCUCAGAGGCAGUCUGGUGGAACGACACGCACGCCUGGAGAGGUGGAUGAAGCCCGAACGAUCUGCAUGGAGGAGACGCGCAAAGUCAAGAAACGCCUUGACAAUAUGUCUGCAGACAGGCAACGGAGCCGCGACCUAGUCAGCAGCCUCGAGCUUGAGAGUAGCAGGCUUGACGGCAAGAUUGCUCAAGCAAGGCAGCUGAUGGACAAAAAGCGGAACCUCUCUGAUGAAAUCAAGGCAUUGCGAGAAGACAAUCACACGCAGGAUGCGAGAAUCGCCGAGAUUGAUGCCCAACUCACUGACCUUCAGCCACAAAUCGACGCAGCCAGAGCGCAGCGGGAUGAUGCUCUUGCUACGGGGCGCAGGAAGGCAGAGAAGAUAGCCGAGGAACGCGAUACUGUUGCGCGCACGCUCAACCAACUGAAGAUCAUCGAGGAUGACAUUCAAGACUAUUUGGAUCGCGGCGGAGAAUCCAAUCUGGCCUCUAUCGAGCGAUCCAUCCAGAACUUCAAGCAGACCCUCGCUCGUCUCAAAGGCGAGAUGGAGGAGCUUGUGAAGCGCAUAAAUGCGGAGAAAGAGGAGCUGUCGCAAGGCGAUUGGAAGAAAAAGAACAUCAGAGACAACAUCAAGUUUCGAGAGAAUGUGGCUGUCCUCGAGGAGUUGGCCAAGAAGGUCGAGCACCUCGAGUCGGAAAACGCAGAGCAGGACUAUGACCGCCUCAUGGCGGAGGCCAGAAAAUACGAAAAGAGGAUCAACGUUCUGGCAGCGGAGAGGAGUGAGGUCAUAGGGAAGAGCCGAGCUACCGAUGUCAAUUUGAAGCAGCAGAUCGAGCUCUACGAGCAAGAAUACCAGGGCGCCGAGGAAAAGUAUCGGGCUAGCCGCGUCAAGCUAUCGACAACCAAGGGCGUCAUUGAGGACCUGGCCACAUUUAGCGACUCGCUCGACAAGGCCAUCAUGCAGUUCCAUUCUAUCAAAAUGGAAGAGAUCAACCGCAUCGCGGGCGACCUCUGGCGCGCGACGUACCAGGGCACCGACGUCGACACCAUCGCGAUCCGCUCCGAGAAGGAGACCACGACGUCGGCCAACCAGCGGCGCAACUACAAGUACCGGGUGGUCAUGAUGAAGCGCGACACGGAGAUGGACAUGCGCGGGCGCUGCUCGGCGGGCCAGAAGGUCCUGGCCAGCAUCAUCAUCCGGCUCGCGCUCGCCGAGUCGUUCGGCGUCAACUGCGGCGUCAUUGCGCUCGACGAGCCCACCACCAACCUGGACAGCGACAACAUCCGCUCGCUGGCGCAGAGCCUGCACGGCAUCAUCCGGGCGCGCCAGGCGCAGGCCAACUUCCAGCUCAUCGUCAUCACGCACGACGAGGAGUUCCUGCGGUACAUGCGGUGCUCGGACUUUUGCGACUCCUUCUUCCGCGUCAAGCGGGACGAGAACCAGUGCAGCACCAUCACGAGGGAGAACAUCUCUAUGAUCACUGAGUAG